AUGUCUUUGCUUCAGAAUUUAACUUAUAAAGAUUAUCAAAAAGCUUUAGAAAUGAGCCUACGACAGUGUGAUAUAAUCGCAAAACUAGCUGAUUUAAAAAUAUCAUUUUCGGACGCAAAAAAGCCAGGAGAGCAGCUUAUAAAGUUAAUGGACCGGUCUGGUUUCUCUGUAGAAGAGUAUAAGAAAUACGUUGUCACAUCAUUAAAUGUAAAAACUAUCACUACAUACUACAGACCACAGUCAAAAGUAGCCAUAUUAGUUGCUAAUGAUAAAUAUUUAUAUUUAUCUAAGUUGAUUACUCCGUCUAUAGACUGUGAGUCAUUAGCAGAGCACUUACAAAAUUUAGGAUUUAUUGUUAUACUUAUAAAAAAUACUACAAGUGCAAAAUUGACUAGUAUUUUAACAAACAUUUUUGAUGUUUUAGAGGAAAAUUCUUAUUGCUUCUUCUUCUUUGCUGGACAUGGUUGCCAGCUAUGUAACACAAAAUGCAUGCUAGGCAUUGAUGCUCCAACAGAAAACAUUAAAUUAGAACACUGUGUCACUGAAAACUUCAUCUUGAAAGAGCUGGAAAGAACCAAACAAGAUCUUUGUAUACUUAUUAUGGACAUGUGUAGGAUAUAUUUGGACAGGAAAUCAAAUCCUCAAAUAUAUUCUUCGAUUAACACUAUAGAUGAAUACUCGAUACACAAGAAUCUUUUAAUCGCCUAUUCGACGCAAACAUCUCAGGGUGCUUACGAAGUCUUACAAAUUGAAUGUUCUAAAACAAUUGCCUCUGAUGUCACAUAUGAGUUACAAACUGGUGAUACUGAUAAGAUUGUCCCUGGAGCAAGUCAGUAUGUAAACGUCUUGUGUACCAGGAUAACAGAAGAUUUGGAUAUUAGCAAGAUGUUGGAUAAAGUUCAUGAAGAUAUAGAAAACGCGUUAAAAAAGCAAAGACCCAUAAAAGUGCAAUGCGGUGUUGAAAAAAGGUCUCUAUACGAUCCUAGUACAGGUGAUACAGCUACCCUACUGAAAUCGCUGCUCGAGACAACGAAGGAUUACAGUGAAAACUGUUGUAUUUUGAGUAAAUAUAAUUCUUAA